UCGAGUUUGUGUUUUUCCAUAUUCCCAUUUCGAGUGAUUCUGGUGAGGAAAACCAAGCCAUCAUCUAACAAUUUACUGUUCAAACUUCAAACUCCUCUGUCCAAAUAGAAGAACGCACUUCUUGGCAUAAAACCAACGUGAAAAAAAAAACUGCCAUUUCUAGGCCAAUGGAGUGUUUUUAUCAAACCCACUAAUUUCCAUGCACCCCCUCUCUCUCUCUCUCCUCAAUCCCACGAGUUUUCUUUCUCUCCCUCCACUUUCAGUGUCCUCUCUGCGGCUUCAUGGCGAUUUUUCAGGUCUGGUCACUGAUGUAGUGGGGCUUAAACUUUAAAUGAGCCAAAAGGAUAGAAAAAGAUAGCCCACUAAGGGGAAGGGGGAACAAGUGAGAGAUCAUUCAUUCACCAUUCGCACCCUUAAUCACUUCUUUUGUUUUCAUGUUGGAAUUUUAACUUGCAUGAGUUCUUGGGGUUCCGCAACUUGGGUCUUGUCUCCUUUCAGAGCUUCGAAUUUGAUGAACUUUUUUAUUUUUUUGUUUGUUUUUCUGAUGAUGAUAAAUUCACUUUUAUUUAUUUGUUUUAGUUGAAAUACCGCUAGUACAACCGCUGAAUUUAUAUAUAGGACAUCUUUAAAAAGGAAAGAUAAAAAAAAGAAAAGAACCAAAAGAAAGAAAAGCUCAAAACAAAAAAUACAAAAGCUUGGUCUGUUACUGGAGCCUGGUGAUGUCUGGUGCAUGCACGUCUGUUCUCUUGAUCAUGACUCGUGAGGAUCUCUUUGCAUAUCGGUUCUGAAUCCCAGUGAUUCUUGUUGAGUGUUUGAGGCGGAGAUUGAGAGAAAGACGGGGGGAAAGUGCGUCCUUUGAUUUAUCGCCUGUGCUUAGAAAUGGAGCUCACAAAGCUUUAGCACAGAGAGAGGAGCCAUGGAAUAAAUGGCUAUUUCUGAGUAAAGAUACAAACUUUUCCUGUGGGAAUAUAGUAUUUUGAGUGAUGAUAAGAAAGAGAUCCAGAGUAACAAGUAGUAAGCAAGCUCUAAUGGCGGACUUUAGCACAAUUCUAUCUCCAACAAACAAAUACAGAAAACCCAGUUCUUUUCCUAGGUUGUUUACCGGCUUCACCUUCAAGAAUUUCUCUGAAACAGCUGAGGCAGUCAUGAGCCCAACUUCAAUUCUCGAUAGCAAACCCUUCUCUGGGCUCAAAAAUCCCUUCUUGCCUGAUCUCCCCACCCCUAAAACCCCAGAAUCGGAGACCAGGCGUACCUGGGACAAGCUAGACUCCAAAGGCAUUGGCCUUGGCAUUGUUGAUGCUCUUAAUGAUGAUAAAACUGACCCCAAUUUCUCAAAACCUGAAAGCAGAAUGAUUCUAUUCGGCUCACAGUUAAAGAUCCAAGUUCCCCCUUUGCCUCCUCCAUUUCAUUCACCAACUGAAUCUCCCAAAUCUCCUGCUGAUUUCGGUAUCAAAACAAGGAAUUCUCAAUUGGGUUCUUUCUCUUCUGGGUUCUCUCAUUCUCCAGCUAAGAAAUCAGCCUGCAGUUCAGCCAAUUCUGGUAUGGAUACUCCAAAUUCACCCCGUGUUUUCAACGGUUGUCUCUCUGCCAGUGAGAUGGAGCUUUCUGAGGAUUAUACAUGUGUGAUCUCAUAUGGGCCUAAUCCAAGAACCACCCAUAUAUUUGACGAUUGCAUUGUUGAGACAUGCUGUGGUAUUGUUGAGUUUUCUGAUUCGAGGGCAGAGACUACUAGGUUUUUGGACGAAGGAUCAAAUUAUUCAUCAGAUAAUUUCUUAAGCUUCUGUUAUGCUUGCAAGAAGAAUCUUGGGCAUGGAAGAGACAUUUACAUGUACAGAGGUGAGAAAGCAUUCUGCAGCAGAGAAUGCAGAUACCAGGAGAUGCUAUUAGAGGAGGGAUUAGAUAAGCUGGAGCCUGAAGAUGUCUAUGGAACUUGUUCAUGAAAUCUCCUGUUAAUACUUUCCUUAAAACCAAACAGCCACCCAAGAACUAAACCAUUUCAAUUAGGACAACUUUGUACUGGUAAUGUUAUGAUCAUCCAAUUUUUCACAUCAAAAUUCAGACAGACCAGAUUAUUAAUGUUAAUGAUGUUUAUUAAGCAUAAUCAAAGGUGGUUCAUGAAUCUGUUUCCAGUGAUUCAUCCCCUUUGUAAAAUUUAAGGGAGUGAAAGGCUGAAACUAUGUGUAGAGUUGGAAUUUUGUUGAAUAUUAAUUGAUAAUUAUUGGGUGAUU